CACACCGUACUCAUAUUUUUCCGAAAGCAGACAUUUCGCGGAUCAAUUCAAUCGCUUGUGCAAAAAGCCCAAUUGUAUCGCCGUCGUGUACCGCUCUUAGAACGCAGCCAAUCCGAAAACCUGACCAAAGUUGAUUGUUUUCCGGGCCGCUCCAAAUAAAAUCUUAAAAUCUAUCGCCGUAUUUUCCUCGCAUUCUUUCUGUCAGCGAAACGCCGCGUGUGUAGUUGUGUGUGUGUGUGUGAGUGUGAGAGCACACUUGUAUGUGUGUAAGUUUUGGUGAGAGCCGCAACAACAAAAACAAGAGAAAAGAAAACCAAAAUCGACAAAUGCGGUCAAAUUGAAAAGAAAAACAAAAAAUCAAAGAGUAUUUCUCGUGCAAAGCCAAAAAAGCAAGGUCUAAUAGAGGCAGAAAACAAAAAAAACGCAGAUUUCUUAAAGGAAUAGCCGGAAAAUUGACCACUAGGCGUGUCGCUGCUUCUUCUUUUUUGAAAUUGUUUAUGCUGCGAUUGCCGUAGUGUGCAAAAGAGAGACAAAGAGAGAGAGAGGGAGAUAAAGAAGGGUCUUAUCAACGACCGCUUUCUUAUCAGAAUCCGCAGAUCAGUUGCGAAAAUUCAAAUCCAUAGAAAAGGCAUAUAAAGCAGUUAAAAUAGAACAUAUAACAAUCAGUUACCCAAUCGUCAGCAAAUCGUCUGUUUCCAUUUCGAGGCAAAGAUUGAGGAAAUCCAUUUGCCCGCAGUCCCACAGCAUUCAAUCAAGCGCAAAUUGGUUCAACUUGAAAAAGGGGCACAUUUUCGGCCUUGCAAAUUCCAAUCUUGAAACUAAAUGACGCCUGUGUCUGCAACUGAAACCCUGCUGCCAAAUACCGCAACGCUGGACGCCAGACGACGGUCACAAAUUAGCCAGCCAGCCGUAGAUUUGCAAGUCUAAGAAGUCGCCCAGUAAAACGCAGAGCGAUAUCCCUGUUGAAAGGAGCCAACCAAGGUCGAAAACAGGAGCAACAUCAAAAGGGAGGACCAGGACCAGCCAGUUCCACUGUGACUACUUUUUCGAGAUCGCCAAAGGAUUCAUUAAAAAACCGCCAACCUGGAACUAAUGGAAUUAGAGAAUAUUGUGGCCAAUACGGUCUACUUGAAAGCGAGAGAAGGUGGUUCCGACAGCAACAAGGGAAAGAGCAAAAAAUGGCGCAAAAUAUUGCAAUUCCCGCACAUAUCGCAAUGCAUCAACCUGAAAGACAAAUUAGACAUAAGCUAUGGCUACGUGAUAGAUCAGCAACCCAUUGGUCGUGAGCUCUUCCGUCUGUUUUGCGAGAACAAGCGGCCCGUCUACUUUCGCUACAUCACCUUCUUGGAUGAGGUGGUCAAAUACGAAAUCGAGUACAUCUCGAACCGCAUAUUCAUUGGCCAUGACAUCGGGCGUCGCUUUUUGGAUGUCGAGGCGCAGCUGGAGCUGCGAAACGGCAGCGGUGGCGACGCCUUGGACGCCGAGACGCAGGAGGAGCUGCUGCUCAACAGCAGCAAUGCCAAUCCAACUGAAACAGCUGAGACUGAACACUGCAACAAUACCACCGCCAACAACUGCAACAACAUCAACAACAGCAACAACUCGCAGCACAGCAGCGACAUCAAUCACAAGAAGCUGGACACGCGCAAUCACAACGGCGACGAUGCCACUGGGAACGGGAGCCACCAGGACGACGGGGACGAGGGCGUCGAGUGCCUGGAUAGCCAUGAUGACGCGGAGAAGGGCGGUGGAGAUGGAGAAGGGGGCGGUGGAAAGAGUGCCCAUGUGGGGGGAUAUCCCGACGAACUUGUGCUGGACGUGCUUAACGAUGAUCUCAUUGCGCAAGUGCGUAACAAACUCAACAGCGGCGGCAAGGACAUCUUUGCCCAGUGUGUGAAUGCGGUUAAGGCGUUCCUGGCCGGCGAGCCGUUUCGGGAGUUUGAGAGCUCUAUGUAUUUUCACCGCUACUUGCAGUGGAAGUGGCUGGAGGCGCAGCCAAUCACCUAUAAAACGUUUCGCAUGUAUCGGGUGCUCGGAAAGGGCGGCUUCGGCGAGGUGUGCGCCUGUCAGGUGCGGGCUACUGGGAAAAUGUACGCGUGCAAAAAGCUGGAGAAAAAGCGCAUCAAGAAGCGCAAGGGCGAGUCGAUGGUGUUAAUCGAGAAGCAGAUACUGCAGAAAAUCAACUCGCCGUUCGUGGUCAAUCUGGCCUACGCGUACGAGACAAAGGACGCCCUCUGCCUGGUUCUGACCAUAAUGAAUGGCGGCGAUUUGAAAUUCCACAUUUACAACAUGGGCGGCGACCCAGGCUUCGAAUUGGAGCGUGCCCGCUUUUAUGCAGCCGAAGUUGCCUGCGGACUGCAGCAUCUACACAAGCAGGGCAUCGUCUACCGGGACUGCAAGCCGGAGAACAUCCUCCUGGAUGAUCACGGCCACGUGCGCAUAUCCGACCUGGGACUGGCCGUCGAGAUACCGGAGGGCGAGAUGGUGCGCGGCCGGGUGGGCACAGUGGGAUACAUGGCCCCCGAGGUCAUCGACAACGAGAAGUACGCCUUCUCCCCUGACUGGUUUAGCUUCGGCUGCCUGCUGUACGAGAUGAUCGAGGGACAGGCGCCAUUCCGGAUGCGCAAGGAGAAGGUCAAGCGCGAGGAGGUGGACAGGCGCGUUAAGGAGGAUCCCGAAAAGUAUUCGAGCAAGUUUAAUGAUGAAGCCAAAUCAAUGUGCCAACAGCUGUUAGCUAAAUCGAUAAAGCAGCGCCUGGGCUGCCGCAACGGACGCAUGGGCGGGCAGGAUGUGAUGGCCCACCCGUUUUUCCACUCCACCCAGCUCAACUGGCGACGCCUGGAGGCUGGCAUGCUGGAGCCGCCCUUUGUGCCAGACCCUCACGCCGUUUACGCCAAAGAUGUGCUCGAUAUUGAACAGUUUUCUACGGUAAAGGGCGUCAAUAUCGACGAAUCCGAUACAAAUUUCUACACGAAAUUCAACACUGGAUCCGUGUCCAUUUCCUGGCAGAGUGAGAUGAUGGAGACCGAGUGCUUUCGGGAGUUGAACGUUUUCGGUCCCGAGGAGUGUCCCACGCCAGACUUGCAGAUCAAUGCAACGCCCGAACCGGACAAGGCGGGAUGUUUUCCCUUCCGCCGGAAGAAGAAGCAGCCGGCUCGCACGCAGCCCAUACCCAUUCCCGAGCAUCUGCUAACCACUAGUCACAGCGUGUCCUCGACGACGGUCGAGAGCUGAUAGCAUAGGUUAUGCGAGGAAGCCUCUAAGCGGACGCCUGACCUGGACGCCGACACAUAGCACAAAUUGCGCACAUUCACCCCGGAUCGCGGGUAUUCAGCAGAAGCAGAAGAGCAUAAUAGCAGAACUUAAUUAAAAAACCAAAACCGGUUUCGGUUUCGCCCUCAGUUGACGCGCAAAAAGAAAUUGUAUUUUUUACUUCAAAUUUCCUAAUGAAAAUUUGCAAGCUGAUUUCGCCAUACCCGCAUAACAUAUAUUUAUUAAUGUUUCUAAAAGACUACACACCGAAACAAACACACAAACAUUAAGCACACACUAGAGCGUUAAUUAAUUGAAAACGUGGUAUCAUGAAUACCUCUCACUAUACGACUAUGAGAGCUAAGGCCGUCAGUUUGUCACAGCACCCAAAAAUAAUGUUAGUUAAAUACUUGCGCUAUUUAAAUAUCUAAUUGAUCAUCUAUAACAUGCAUCACCACAAGCAGGACAACAGCAGGAGGAUCAGCAGCACUAUGUAGACGGUAAAGUACAGGCAACGCCGGCAGAGUAAUGUGUAAUUUUUGUAAAGUAGUUUGUGCUCAGCGGGACAGCGUUGGAAGGUAGAGAUGUUCUAGUUAGCAUUUGUAAGUUAAGAAAAUGACAUGAAUACUCGAAAACUUGAAUGCAUUUUUAACAAAUACUUAACACAUGCUACUAUAUUGUAUAUGCAUAGAUACAAGCGUACAAUUUAAACAGAUUGUAAAUUUUAAAUCCUUUAAUUAUUUAUACGCCUCCUAAGUUUUAUUGCCGCACACUUUUGCUAAGCUUUUCAUAUUGUUCUUUGACUCUUUUCUGUUGCCUAAGUUUAAGUUGGCCCGAAGGUUCCCAUGAAAGAACGUCAUUACUGAUAUUGAUUUCGUCAUGCAAUAAAUCUAUCAGAAAGUUAUGCUAACUAAUGCUAAUUCAUUGAGAUAUCGAUGUUAGCUAGUGUCUAAGUUUUGUGUAAACGUAGCGUAGGCAUUUUGUAAUUAGCAACCAAGAAACCAAUUGGAGAAUUUAUUAUGUUAAUAUGAAAAAUUGAUUAUGAUUAUUGAACUUACUGGCAGUUGCGAAAGUGUCAGCUGCAAGUCUAAGUUCCAAUUCACUUGAUUUAGGCACAACUAGUAAAUUGUAAGGCAUAGAUUGAACAACUACUACCAGCACAACCGACCCGCAUACAAAGUAGACAAACGCCAUCAGCCCCGAAUCCAAUUUAGCACCUAAACUACGAUAAACCAAACUGAGCAAGCGCCGAAAUAUUUAUCUUUAGCAAUUAAAGGCAUAUUUAUAGAGCAUCGUAAAUACCAGAUAUACAUACAUAAAUAAAUCUAAUCUGUAAGCGAAAUGAUACAAAAUACAAACGCAAAGUCAAGAGAUGAACAUUCAGAAACAAUAAACGUAUUUAACUACCA